AUGGCCGACGCGACUCGGUCGCCUCGCCAAUCCCUCGGUAAUCGCCACACACCAUCGAAACUGGGAACGAGGGCAUUCGUCUCCCAUUCUGGAUACAUCCGUUCUUGCCCAUCCGUUGGUACAGUACACAAGUGCAUGCACGUGAUUCAGUACAUCAUCAGCAUGCCGGAAUCGACCAGCAGUAAUCCCAAACCCGACGCCUCGAACGGCAACGUGGAAGAACUGGAAGCCCAGGCCGUGGAUCAGGCCAAGAUAUCAGCCGACGCGGCCUUUCGUCCCCCGACAUCCGUGUGGAACGCCACGUCUCCAGAAGCCUUGCUCCAGUCCGUGGACGGGCCCAACUUGCACAGUUACGAAGCCAAGGCUUCCACCUACGUCGGACGUUCCGUCCCCGUCGCGGCGGGAGGCAACCUCGUCGUGCCCAUUCAAGUUUCCACGCCCGGAUCCGUCGUCGAAUACGCCGUAGAACUGCAAGCACACGAUGUGUCUUUUGAAAUUACUGCGGAACGAGAAGAAGGUGUCACCGUCGUCAAGGAAGAAGCUCGUUUCGCCGCGGAGGAAAGUCCCGUCACGCAGAAAUUUCUCGUGGGCACGGUCCCUUGUCUACUCUCCUUUCACUUUGACAAUAGCUUUUCGUGGAUGCGCGAAAAGGUCCUGAGUUACAAAAUUACCGUCACCCCACCGAGUAAGGAAUCCCUCGCUGCGGGUCGUCGCCGACGAGCCCAAGCCUGUCUCAAGGCUGUCCGCGAGGAUCACGCCACGGCGACCGAACGCCUCAAGGCAGCCUCGUCGCAAAAAACGAAACUCGACGCCAAAGUACAAGCCCUCGCCAAGCAAUUGGCCGAGACACAAAAAGCUGCCCAAGUCGCCACCAAAGAAGAGACCUGGUUGCAAACGCGGCAAACGCUCCGAGCCGAACAGGAAAAACUCCUCGAAUCUAGAUUGAAGAACGGGUGGAAGGAUGAAGUUUCGGAUUCCGGCAACAAGUAACACUGGAAGUGUGUGCGGAUGUCCACCCCAAGCGUACCCACACGAACGAGUUUCUCUCUCGUGACACGUAAUUUUAGCAAACUAUUCUUGUUCC